GACCCAGUGCUACUCCGAUCACUGAUGACAUUUAGAGGACCAGCACUCGGAGGACUCGGUGGGAGGACCGACGCCCGCGGCCGGCGCGUCCAGCGUCACCUCUUGCCUCCCCCCAAUCGUUGACCUCGUUGGUUAGCGCGGUGCACUCCGGGUAAGGGGGGCCGCCAUGUUACUUCCGCAGAUUCGUCAGAAAGUGAAAAAAUAUUUAAAAUGUUUUAAUAUAAUGACACGUCUUCGGGCAAAGGCAAAAUACAACUAGAAUUAUAAUCACAUGCAUUUAUAUCGAAGCCCAUGGAUCACCGAACUCCAGAGCCGGUUUCAAUCUUCAUGUGCAAACUAUGCAACUUGUUCUCUCCAUGUCAAGACGAGCUGUUGACUCAUGUCUCUGAGAAGCAUGCAGUGGAAGGGCAUGCACCUGAUGAUCUCAUUGUCCCAUUGCGACCUCUUCUGUCAUCUGAGAAGGCUGAGAGAACUGAAGGAGUAACUGCAAAGAGAAAGAGGGGAAGACCCAAAGGAUCAAAGAAGAAAUUCUACACGGAAACGGAGGAGUUAGGAGAUGCCAGUAACUGUAUUCUGAGUUCAGUGGGUAAACUUGACCAAGACGAGGAAGACUUGGAAGGGUCAGACAGUUUGGAUUGUAGGAAGUGCAGUCGGAAAUUCUCGAAUAGGAGGCAGCUGCGGAAGCAUCGUUGCUUUGUUGUACUGAAGGAUGAUGGAGGGGAAGAGGAUGAUGCUGAAGAUGACAAACUGGACCCUGAAGUAGAGUUGGCUGAUGAAAGAGAGAGGGCAGUAAAGAGAUCACGUUGGCAUAAAAGUGAAAAGUUGGCAUAUAAGGAUACUGAUCAAAAUGCAGGAGGAAAGAAGCCAAUUAUCAGCGUGGUUCUCACAGCACAUGAAGCUAUUCCAGGUGCCACAAAAAUUAUUCCCAUCGAGGCUACUCCAGCUGAGAGAACUCCAGCAGCUGAACCUGCAAGGAUUGGCCAGGACUCAGCCCUGCGAAAGGGUUAUCAAGAAUAUGCUAUCCAACAGACACCUUUGGAGCUGACCCAGAAUUCUUUCAGACAAGGAACAACCCAGCUGAAGAUAUUUACCUGUGAAUAUUGCAAUAAAGUAUUUAAAUUUAAGCACUCACUUCAAGCACACCUCAGAAUUCAUACCAAUGAGAAGCCUUAUAAAUGUUUGCAGUGUGACUAUGCAAGUACCAUCAAAGCCAACCUUAUAGUUCAUAUGCGCAAACACACUGGGGAAAAGUUCAGCUGUGACUACUGUGCCUUCACUUGCCUCAGCAAAGGCCACCUGAAAGUGCAUAUUGAGCGGGUGCAUAAAAAAAUCAAGCAGCAUUGCCGCUUUUGUAAAAAAAAGUACUCAGAUAUCAAGAAUCUCCUCAAGCAUAUCCGAGAGAGCCAUAAUAUGGAUGAGGAGAAAGUCAAAGAGGUCUAUGAUGAGCUGCGCCUAUUGACUAGGGAGGGAAAGCGGCAACUGCUCUAUGACUGUCAUGUGUGUGAGCGCAAGUUUAAAAAUGAGUCAGACCGUGACAGACACAUGCUGGUCCAUGGUGAUGACCGUCCAUUCGCUUGUGAGCUCUGCGAUCAUGGAGUCACGAAGUACCAUUCGCUGGAAACACAUGUCCGCAAGCAUAUAUUUAUCUACAUUUGUUCUGUGUGCGCAAAGAAAUUUGUCAGCUCAGUUAAGUUAAAGACGCAUGUAAAGGAUGCUCACAGCAACUUGGGGAAGGAUUUAGUAUUUAAUAACUCCAUUAAUCAGAGCUUCUAUCUGUUGGAACCAGGUGGUGACAUGCAACCUGAAGCCUUGGAGGACUCUGUGGGGAGUACAGGCUUCAAUGGCUCUGAACAAGAUCCACAAGGGCAUCAGGUUAUUAUUGAACUUGAAAAUGAAGGAGCUCACAUUCCAUUAGAGAGUCUUACUCAACAUGAAGAAGUUCUAGAUAACCAUUCAUUUAAUUCUGGGGCCAUCCAGCAUAAUGCAGUUUCUUUGGAUGAAGGCAAUACAGCUGAGACAAGCAACCAAACAUCUUUGGAUAGGUGUGGAGAGGAAGUCUUACCAGCUCUGUCUGUCAACAGCAAUGCCAUGGUAGAUUCUGAAAGUACAGAAAUGAACCAUUUGUCUAAUUCUGCGGUCCAGGAAGGUGCUGACUCCCACAAAGUAUGUGGAUCUUGUGAGGUCGAAAAUGGAGAACCAUUUGAAAUGGUUCAUCUUGAUAAUGGUGUUAAAGAAAUUCCAUCAUCAACAGACGUUCAAAAAGAUGACAUGGACCUUGGAGCUUUUCAACAAGUUCUUGACAGCUUACAGAAGAGACAACUGAAUAUUGGCCUGUUUGAGAAGAUCAGAAAAGUCUAUGGAGAUUUGGAAUGUGAAUACUGUGGAAAAUUAUACUGGUACCAAGUCCAUUAUGACAUGCACAUUCGGACGCACACCAGGGAGCACCUUUACUACUGCUCUCAGUGCAGCUACUCCUCCAUCACCAAGAACUGCCUGAAGCGUCACGUUGUGCAGAAGCACAGCAACAUCCAGCUGAGGUGCCCGGCCGAGGGAUGCUGCUACACCACCGCGGACAAGUACAAGCUGCAGGCACACCAGAAGAAUCAUGGUGAGCUGGAUAAGAAAACAUACACUUGCCCUGUCUGUGAAAAAUCCUUUACGGAUGAUCGACUGAUCAAGUCUCACAUCACCACAUAUCAUCCUGAAGUACCCAUGAGCACCAUCUCUGAAAUUCUGGGAAAACGUGUACAGCUUAAAGGAUUGAUUGGAAAACGAGCAGUAAAAUGCCCUUAUUGUGACUGCUACUUUCGGAAGAAUGGCACUGACCUGCAGCGCCAUAUCUGGGCUCAUGAAGGAUUGAAGCCUUUCAAAUGUUCAGUGUGCGACUAUGCCACACGUAGUAAGAGCAACCUGAGAGCCCACAUGAAUCGUCACAGCACUGAGAAGUCCCACCUCUGCGACUUGUGUGGAAAGAAGUUCAAAUCAAAAGGCAGCCUUAAGAGUCAUAAGCUGUUACAUACUGCUGCUGGUAAACAGUUUAAUUGUACUGUGUGUGACUACACUGCCGCUCAAAAGCCAAACCUCCUUCGGCAUAUGGAGCAGCAUGCCGCCUUUAAGCCUUUCCGAUGUGCAUUGUGCCACUAUUCCUGUAACAUGGCUGGAUCAUUGAAGCGACAUUACCACAAGAAACAUCCCAAUGAUGAAUAUGUCAAUGCUGGGACUGGUGUACUAGCUCAGGAGAGUGUAGCGCAGCAAGGCGGUGUAAAGUGUCCAGUGUGCAGUUUUGUAUAUGGUACCAAAUGGGAAUUGAACAGACACCUGAAAAACAAGCAUGGACUGAAGAUUGUGGGUAGCAUAGAAGGAGAAGCCAUAGAGCAGCAGGUUCUUGAAGCUCCUGCAGAGCAGACUCAAACACAGUACUUUCAUAUAGCAGAGUGUGAAGAGGAUGUCCAAGGUGCCCAAGCAGCAGUGGCAGCUCUUCAGGACUUACGGUACAAUACAGAGAAUGGUGAUAGAAUGGACUCAACAGCUGUGAACAUUUUCCAGCAGAUCAUUGGAUUAACACCUGAGCACCACGAUGGUGCUGUGGCUUCUGUAGUUACCAUGGCACCUGGCACAUUAACAGUGGUAGAACAAGCUGAAGAUGAAGAAACAGGCAAUCACACGGUGAUGAUUCAGCAGGCCUUGGAGCAGGCAUCCAUGGAGCUUGUAGAAGGACAUCAUCUUGUGGAGCAAGUGGUCGUCUCCUCUGAUGACGUGGAAGGGAUUGAGACAGUAACUGUUUACACUCAUGGUGAAGAGACAUCUGAAUUCAUUGUUUACGUGCAAGAGGCUGGGCCAGCAGAUGAGCAGGCGAUGGAAAAAAAGGUUGAGGAAUUGUAACCAUUCCUAUAAUCUUCAAUCAGAACUUUAACUGCUUGGAGCAAGGAGGCAAGAAGUUCUAAGUUUCUGGUUUGCAUAAUGCAGUAUCCAUGCAAUCAAUGAGCUCUGUUCAGCUGAAGAGUGGCAGACAAUAACCAAAUAGCAAUGCUCCAGGAAAAUGAAUAAUUGAGGACAAGAUUCCUUCAGUUACUUCACUUUAUAAUUUGGCUUUUUUAUUUGCUAGCCCACAUGCCCCCUUCCCUCAAGUUAGCUUUCCAGAUCUAUGCUUCCCUUUAAAGUGAACAUGGCUCAAAUCAAGGGUAAUCGCCAUGGUUACCACACAAGGUUGACCACCUAGGAGAAUUAGUCUAAAGAGCCAGGGUGGAAGAACAAAAGAUAGUUUACCCUACACCACAUCAUGUACGAUAGUUUAAGGUGGGAGGGAAACCAAAACUGGAUAAGCUCAGGAAGCCCAAAGUUAUGGAACACCUGACAAUUUUGUUUUUUUUCUUGCAACGUUAUCUUAAAAUAAAAUCACUCUGACUAGUAUCUCUGUGAGGGAUAAGUCUACUUUGCUUACAGAUCAAAAAAAUAUGUGAGUGCAAUUUUUUAACAUUUAUUUAAUGUUACCAGAGACUGACCUACUUUGAAAUGUCAUAUAUUCUAAACAACUGUUAAACUGUUCUAUAGCAUUAGAUUACAUGUAGGUAGGAGUAAAACUGAUUAAUAUUCUGUGACACUGUCUAAAAGAAGUGUUAGCACAUCAGGUACACUUAAUUAAUAUCCUCUUUUAUGAAGAAAUUGAUGAUAAAAAAUGCAUAAAUAUAUAACAAUGCAUGGAUUUUAAAGAAAAUUUGCAAAUGUUGGAAUUCUGAAAUAAAACCAAAAUUCCUGGAA